AAAAAGCCGGAGUGGUCGGCUCUUAGGCUUCUCCCGAGUUUUUCUCUGGCGAGGUAUUUGCGAGCGGUCGCGAGGUGUAUACUUACGUAUUUUAGCAUUUUUUUUCAUGAAGAUCAAGUGGUUUUGAAGAAGGAUGGUGGUCGAAGAAAAGAUGGACCUCUCGAAGGAGAAUCAGACGCAGAAUGGAGUGAUGGGGAAAGAGCCGAGAACGUACUCCUUGGAGAUUUUGAAGAUAAUCAAGGAAGCGCAGCAGCAGCAUGGGUUGAGACACGGCGAUUACCAGCGGUAUCGCGGCUACUGCUCGAGAAGGCUCAGAAGAUUGCGGAAGGUGCUGAAGGUGCCGCAAGGCGACAGACGUCAUUUCAAGAGGAGAGACGUCACCGCGGCUAUGGUCAGCGAGGACAAGUUUUUGCAGGUGCCUCUGAUGAUGGCCGAGCGCGCGUGGAGCUACGCGAUGCAGCUGCGCCAGGAGUCUAACACGGAGCCGAGGAAGAAGUUUCAUUUGAUAUCGAGACUCAAAAAAGCGGCUGCGUACUCCUUGCAGUUGCAAGACUUGAUAGAGAACAUAAAUUGCGACGCGCGUACGAAACUGGAGGCCCAGGCGUACGUAGCCUGGAUGAACGGCUCCCUGCAGUUUGAGUUGCAGCUGUGGAAGCAGGCGAUGGAAAACUUGAAGAAGGCGCAGGUGGUGUACGGUAAUCUGGCGUCUGCGUUGCCGGAGUUGGAGCAGGUCGUGUACAAGGCGCGCGUCGAGGAAUUGGCGCCCAGUCUACGAUACUGCGCCUACAACAUCGGCGACACGAGCGCUAUGGACGAUCUCAUGCAGAUGCGCGGGCAACUGAGCGGCGAGCUGAUGGCCAGCCUGGACUCUCUGAUAGCUCAGACGCGGGAGAAGCAGGCCAACGUCGAGGAGGUGACGUGGCGCGGAAGAUCCUGCGGCACGGUGCCGCCGCGUGCGGCCGGUCUGAUUAUCGCGGACUCCAGACUGAACCAAGCUCUCGAGCGAGCCGCCACGAAUCAGGCGAAGAUCGAUCUGCUGGAGGCGCAUUUGAUCGACUGCAAGGACGCCGUGUUGGCGGUGCGCGAUCACUUCAAGAACGAGUUGAAGAACAAGGAGAACGACAAGUGGUCGCCGCCGCAGCACCUGAUCAACUAUCUGCAGUACAUCCGGCUGUCGCGCACCCUGGAGCGCAAUCUGACGCUGGUGAGGGCGGCGGAGGAGUCGGAGAAGGCCAAGCCGCAGGACAUAGUGCGCCUGUACGAGGCGGCGUUGCAUAAUCUCGUCGAGAUCUCGCAGCUGCAGGACGACGCGGAGUUCCUGGAGGAGCAGGAGGCGAAGACGAAGUGUUACAGGGCCUUCCGAUGCUUCUACAUGGCCCAGAGCCUCGCCAACCUGCACCGCUGGCGCGAGGCUAUGGCCCUGUACCAGAGAUCGCUGCAGCACGUCGAAGACGCGCACAAGUGCAACAAGAUCCUCCCGGUCGCGCUCAAGGAUGCCCUGUGCAACUUGCGAACCUCCGUGGAGGCCGCGCAGUACGCCGCUCACGCCCACAGCGUGCUGGAGGACGGUCAGGAGGAGGAGAGCGGCACCAGUAAGCUCGCCAAGAGCAAGAAACCGCUGUACGAGCGCUUGCAAGAGUACAGAGAGGACCCGGCGCUUCUCACGAAGCAGCCGAACGUCUACAAAUUGCCGCCGCCGAUGCGCAGCAUCCCCUGCAAACCCCUGUUCUUCGAUCUGGCCUUCAACAUGGUCGAGUUCCCCGAUCUGUCGAGCAAGAUGGGCGACCAGGCUAAGAGGGGACAGGCCGGUCUCACCGGCUUUGUCAAGGGUCUCUGGGGCUGGGGGAACAAAUGAAUAUUAUAUAUACGAUAUAUACAGUUUUACACGCAAAAGAAUUUUAGAUACAUUGUACAGACAGUAUUGUUAUGCUGUAUGUUGUUUCUGCUGUGUCUCUACAGCCAUAUUGGUACAAAAAGCGUUUCCACACCCGGAGAAAAACAUAACGUUGGUAGCAAUUAUAUAAGUUUAUAUGUAGAAUUAAUAUAUAUAUGUAGUUGAUAAAUGAUGUAUAUAGCUGAACAAACUAAUUUAUAGUUGUACAGUAACUAUAAAAUGGUUUACUCAACCGUGUACAUUAAUUCUAUAUGUAAAACUUGUAUAGGUAUUACUUUUAUAAUUGUCACCACUGUGUCUUUCUCCGAGCGUAAAUUUAACUUGCAUUGAACCAAUAUUAUUGGGGGAAAAAAAAAUAAAAUGGAUUACUUAAUA